UCGGAUGAAAGGAAAGAUUGCAACACCACUGAUGGGGAAUUUACCUCAGCAGCGCCUUCUUCCAGGUUAUCCGUUUGAAUGUGUCGGCGUUGACUAUGCCGGGCCAAUAAUGAGCGCUAGUCGUCAGGGUCGUGGUUGUAGACUUAUGAAGGUGUAUAUAGCAAUAUUCGUUUGUUUUACCACUAAGGCUAUCCACUUGGAGCUCGUAGGAGAUCUCACUAGUAAUAAGUAUUUAAUGGCCUUAUACAGAUUUAUAUCGCGACGUGGAAAGCCUGUUCAUAUAUACUCUGACAAUGGUACCUCAUUUGUUGGUGCGUAUAACGAGAUAUCGAAAUUUUUAAAGGCAAAUUGUGAUGCCUUGUCUGAUACUGUAGUUAGUCAGGGAAUAAAUUUUCAUUUUAUUCCCGCGUAUACACCUCACUUUGGCGGACUCUGGGAGGCGGGCGUCAAAUCGACCAAGUACCACCUUCAGCGAGUGUUGGGAAAUUGUAACUUGACGUUUGAAGAACUUAACACCACUUUAACUCAAAUUGAAGCAAUAUUGAAUUCCCGUCCACUGACACCAUUGUCAACUGAUCCUGCUGACUAUACACCGCUGACUCCUGGGCAUUUUAUUAUUGGUCGACCUCUCAUCUCAUUACCACAACCAGACUUGCGCCAAUCGACAACAAGCAACUUAAGUCGUUUUGCACGCAUAGAGCAGCUUCGUCAACACUUUUGGAGCAGAUGGAGUAAAGAAUUUGUUGCCGAAUUGCAGCAGCGUACCAAGUGGCAGUCAGGCAAAUCGGAACUAAAGCUUGAUACAUUAGUGGUCAUUAAAGAAGAUCACCUUCCGCCCCUUAAAUGGAAGCUGGGAAGAAUUGUAGCCAUUCAUCCUGGUUCUGAUGGAAUAGUUCGAGUUGCAGACAUUCGUACAUCUACUGGAGUAAUUAGGAGAUCAUUUUCAAAAAUAUGUCCACUGCCUAUCUCCUCGACUUCUGCUUGAAACAUUGUUAUGUUCCAAUGUCCGGGGGCAUGUUGCAAGUCA